AUGCCCUCUCCUCCCUGUCACGCACUUCCGUACCCCGCUCCCGACACCUCGACUCCGAUCCCCACUAACGAGAGCCGAUCCCUAAAAUCCAUAAACCCCUCAUCCCGACCUCUCUUCUUACUCGACAUGAAGAUCAGAGUCAUUGCCUGGAAGUACUCCUGCCCGGUUCCGAGUUGCGGAAACCUGGUUGAUGUUCGGCUGCAGACGCUGUAUCCCCCUGGCAGCUCAUCAAGCAACCCUCUCGGCUCUUUCCAGGGAGAAAUCAUUCUCGAGCACUACGACAUCCCCCACAGAGGGGAUUGCAGGAUGUGCAACCUGCGCAUAGAGAACGCUGAGCUGCGCGGCGAAGGAUGGACGUUGGUGGAUGACUCCGAUUUGAAUUGA